GUCCAUCCAUAUUAUCCUCUAUUGACUUCUAUCUUCUCUUGCUUCCUUCAGUCUCUUGCCUCUGUAUUCACAACCGUUCUGUUGGUUAUGGAAGAAAAAGUUCCGGCGUCGUCAGAUUCAUGCUGAGAUCCUAACUCCUCGAAGAGGCAAUUCUGGACACCUUCUCAUACCUCCUAGUGUCCUGGGGAUAUCAUCUAUGGUCUUGUUCCUAGUCUUUUCUAGCCCUGACCCUAUUUCUAACUUUGUCUCCAAUUCAAUACCUAUUUCGAUCUCUUAUCCCAUCUCUAACCUUCUAAUUGUUUUUUUAAGGAGAUUGUAGUAUGAUGCAAGGAUGUGAGGAGGUAGGACGACAAGAACAUGGGUGAAAGCGGCGGGUGGGACUCUUUGGCCCUGCAUCAAGCCACAUCACAUGCAGGUGCCAAGGCUUCUUGAGCACCAGCCACACCCUUACCCCUACGUCAUCCAGCCAUCACCAAUGCUAGGGAGCUCUACUUGCGGUAGCUUGCCACUGGCAGCUACGCAAGUGUCAGAUCACGAUCCUCGGCGCCAAAUAAGUACUUGGGCAAGCGCUUGUCUUGCACAAGCCACGUCGCAUCCAUUCCCCCAGCUUUCCCCAUCUUCCUCUUCACCUUCUCACCUACCUCACACAAUCCCUUACCUCGACGAAAACCGCACGAACAACAGCCCACGAUGUCUGACGAGCAAACCGUCUCCCAGGGACAGCAGUCCUCUCGAUCGGGCGCCAGGAACAGAGUGGUCGACAGCGUCCAGGCCAGGGCCCAGGAAGUGCUAGCGGAAGACUACGACAAGGCGAGAGUCCUCGUCACCGAUGCUGCCAAGAGCAAGGCCUACCUGUAUCCGAUCAAGGGCAUUGUCUACUUCGCGACUCACCGCGCGCUGUGGAAGCCCCUUCUGUCGCGCAUCGGGCCCUACAUGCUCCUUUCGACCAGUAUCGUGACGGGCAUGUUCAUCUUCACCUACGUACCGCAGCUCGCACUCCUCGUCUUCGUUAAUGGCCCGCUCGCUGUCUUCACGACCGUGUUGUUGAUUCUGAACGAGAGUUCCGCCAUAAUCAACUUCGUGUCGAGAUCUUACCUCCUUCAAGAGGCGAUUCUGGACACUUUCGACGGCACUCUUCUCCUCAGAGAUGAAGAUGGCAUCGUCAAGGAAGGCAGACAAGUGAGACCGGGAUCUGACCCCAUGCAGAAGUUGGGAAAGGUUCUCAAGAGCCCGUUCGAGAAAUACAGCCCCAAGGCCCUGAUUCGAUACCUCAUCUACCUUCCCUUGAACUUCAUUCCUGUCGUGGGAACUGUCAUCUUCAUUGCUCUGCAGGCUCGCAGCCGAGGCCAAGCCGUCCAUGGACGCUACUUUCAAUUGAAGGACUGGUCUUCCUCGAGAAGAGCGGAUUGGCUCAAGAAGCACUCUGGACCUUACACUGCUUUCGGUCUGGUUGCGACCGCCCUCGAGAUGAUUCCCUUCGCCAGUAUCCUCUUCACAUUCACGAACGCGGUUGGUGCUGCCUUGUGGGCUGCUGACAUCGAGGCCAAGGACACGUCGAUGACGGAUGGAACGGCCCCGACGCUUCGCGAGACGGCAAAGAAAGCCGAAUAAAUGACGUUGCACACCAGAAUGGAGCCGAAUUCACCUGUUAAUGAACGGGAGUGACUUGGCAUUGGGACGUAUUGACCCCUCUUUAACUGGAAGCCGGUGCCACAGCAUCUUGACAGCAGCGAUGAAUCUUGUGCAACUCUGGCUGUCAUUGGUCGGCGGGACUUGAUGGAGAGGAGGAUGAAAAGUGCGCAUGGAGGGCGGUUUUGAGGGUCCUUUAGCAUACCCUUCCAUGCCUAUUAAUGACAAAUUAGAACUCUGCGAAUGAUAGCCGCCGUUUUCGAC